UGAGGCAGUUCAGAGGAAGCCCUUGGCUGGGCGAAUCUUUUAUUUGGAUCUACCAUGUAAUAAACGCAGCCAGGUUUUAGAAACUGAUCUCAAGAGCCUCGGAGGAGUGAGUACAAUUUGAAUCAUUUAAUCUCGUUUUACUUUUUUGUUGUUUUUAAGUCAUGCAAGUAAUGUAUGAUUUUAGUUAGUUAGUUCUCAAUAUAACCGAUGAUUAUGGAAGAUGCUCUGCUUGCAAGCAACAUGCAAGUACUUUUCCAAAGUUUUGUGGUGAUUUUUUUAAAACAUUUUUAUUACUUUUUUUUAUUUUUAUGAAUGUGUAAUGAGAGUUGUGAAGUAAAACAGAUGACUAGUUUCCAUGUUUUUGCAUUCAUGUGCAUACUUACUGCUGUUUGUUUAUGCAGAGAGCUGUGAUGAGAACCAAUAGAAAACGUUUAUAUGCUUCUCUUUAUCUGUCUAGUCUUUAUGUACAAUUAAACGUGUUGUGAUUUUCCUUACACGUUUCGUACACGAUUUGUGCUCAUUAUGACGGCAGAUUUAAAUCCAUAUUAGGAUUUUUGAAGUUGCUGAGUGAUGCUGUGGGUUUUUUUUUUUUAAUCAUUACAAGAAAAGCCCACCCUGAAACUCCUCACAAACGUGUUUGCUUGGUUUGUUACCGACUUAUGACUAUGAGGAGCAUGUAGGCACUCAUAGUAGUAUUAGUAUGAAAGUUGAGGCUUUGGACUCUGAACUGUAUGAGGUGGGUUUACAGAUGAGGAGAAGAGAGUUGGACAGACUAAAGGACUAAAGCUUUGCUGCAUCGCUCUCUUUAGGUAGAAAUGAAGUUGGUGCUAAAUCACCACGGCACCACUAUGAGCCGGUAUGGCAUUCUGGGUCGUGUACAAAACUAUUAAUGAAAGUGAAUCUUGACCAACUCAGAAUGUCAUUAUAAAAUGAAUGUUUUGCACAAGUGAAGAUUGAUAAUGCAUAUUAAUAUGCACGUCAUUGCAGUGGAUUUAGUUUUUCUUUUAAUUAAUGCUUCUUCUUUUUUUAAAUAUAUAAAAUAUAUUUAAACCUUCUGUCUACUACUUUUACACCUGAUUGAUUGGCCUUUCUUGCUGAUAAACGUGAGUGGCUGAUACUUUAUGCGCACAUGUUAUGGCUGAUCCUUUCAAAGCUCUGUGUUUGUUGAGAACAGGGCAGUGACAGACCUGUUUGCAAGUUAAUAGCACUCUCAUUCAAACAUUGCAUGUCUUUAUUUCCUUUUGUCCUUUGGGCAGAUUUCAAAUCUCAUGGGUUUUUUUUCCUUUAUUAAAAGUGUAAAGCAGCUUUGAGUGGGAAAGUUGAAUUAUGGUUACAUCCUUGUUUACUUAACCACUUUACUUCACUUUUUCAAGUAGUGCAUACAAAAGUAGCAACCAAACAGAACGAUUAAUACAAGCAAAAACCUAAUUACCAUAAUGUACAUUGUUUGUUUGUUUACUUAAUGUUUCUCUUCAUGGUAUUCUGUGUGUUCUUGUUCUUUCAGACUGUGGAAAAGUUCUUUAGUAAAGAGAUUCGAUACUUGGUGUCCAGUAAACCCGAAGCUCGGCAUGUACAGCGGCUCGUUCAGGACUCCCCGGUGCCGAGUCCAGACUCGGGCCUCAGCUCCCCUCAUCCUGGCAGCAGGAGGGAUAGUCACGGGCCCAGAGGCAGCUCACAAGGACCUGCUGACACUAUGGUCGCAAGCCGAGGGAAAUCCUUAGUGGAGAAAGUCGUUAAGGAACAAGAGCGUAUUCAGAUGAACAGAAUCCUGGCCAAUGCACUUGAAUGGGGUGUAAAAAUCCUCUACAUUGAUGACGUCAUUUCAUAUAUCGACAAGAAAAAGAGCACAAUUGCCAAAGUCAGAGCAGCGGCUCACCCGGUGAAGAAAGCUGCCAAACCUGAGACCACAGAUGGGACUGCUUCUCAGAAAUGCAACCCUGGACGAAUCAGUCGCCCCUUCGUUAAAGUAGAGGACUCCAGCAGACACUACCGUCCCAUCUAUCUCCCCAUGGCCGACAUGCCUGUGUGUAACCUCAGAUCUGCUGCCCCCUUCAGUCCGUUCUUGGUAGAACAUGAUAAAGAUGUCCCUGGGAAAAAGACCAAAGUGCACGGGUCUGGAGUAGAUCGACGGGAGAAGAGCAGGAAAGACCGACACCGAGGCCGUGAGGGAAAGGGACGAAGGAAAGGGGGCUACUGCGAAUGUUGCAUCGUCAAAUAUGACAAUCUUAAAGCUCACCUGCAAAGUGAGCAGCAUCAGGCUUUCUCUAAAAGUGAGGAGUACCUGGUGGUGGACAGAGUUAUCACAGGACUCAGCUGUGAUUUUCUACACAUCAGCCCCCAAAUUAAAAGGGUGAAGUGCAGCGUCACGUCCCCAAUCAUGGUCCCUGGACCAGCCGUUAGGAAGGAUGGAGAAAUGGGGGUUGAAGAGGAGGAUGUGACUGACGAGACCCCACUCUGGGGCUCUCAAAACACUGAGCGUUCAGUCCGCAAGCGCUCCAGAGAACUCUCCCAAAGUCCUAAAGGAGACUCGGCAGGACAGUCUGACGCGUUUCAGAAAUCCCAGUCAAAGCGCGGAUCAUUUAAAUGGGACUCCAGUUCUAAUGCUGCUUUACAGAAGGCUUUGGCUACAUCAUUGUGUAACACCAGACAAGAUUGUCUUUCUGAGUGUCUGGACAGGACCAGGACCCCGUUGCACACCCGUUUGGAACAAGGGACUUCACAAAGCAAUCGGCAUGUUAGACUUUCAGAUCCUGCAGGGUUCGGUACGACCUGCAGUUCAUUGGGUGCAGGGACCUCUCGUGCGGUCUCUGAGCAGUCUGCAAUGUCAGACUUUCAGACUGCACCAAAGUUACUCUUAGAUGUUGCAGAAUGUACAACCGAGACACCUUUCUGUAAGACCGGCAAAGCAACCGACACUAUGCAUCGUGGACCUGUCACACAGGAAAUGUCUUCUUCCAACACGGACAUUCCGUCUGGAGUCUUGCAAAGGAAAGUGCGGACGUUGAGGCGGAGACGAACCGCACCAUCGGAGCCCCUGUGUGGCCUUUCUGGUAAACGUGAAGAAUCCCAAAAUCUUCAGUGUCUGGGAAAAGAUUCUGAGUCUCAGAGACUUUCAGCAUCUGCCGUGGACUUAUGGCAGCUCUUCCAGUCCAGCGACGACGUGGAGGAGGAUUUUAACGGUUUCUACAAUUAG